UAAAGAGAUUUUCUUUCAUGGCGGAGCCUCGCGAUGAUGAAAUUAAAUGGGAUUUAAUGGGACUCGCAUCAAGGAGGAACGCUGAAUUUGAAUGCCCGCAGCCCCACUGAGAGGAUACGCGAACUGAGGCGUGCUGGAGAAGCUGAGCAGCGCGAGGAUAGCUGAGAAAAUAGCGCAGAAGUUGUUGAUUGGAAACAAGUUGACUCUCUUGGAGGAAAAUUGACUGAGAAAAUUCGUGUGUGGUGAAAAUGUGAGGUGUUCUGGUGGUGCUGUAGGUGAUUUGUGUGGAUGUGCACUGGAAAAUGGUUUCCCGCUAGAGUGCCUCCGCACAGCCCCACAAUUCUGUGCUCGUCGCGGCAGUAGAGAAUGGACAGAGAGCGCAGCAUGAAGCACCAGAGGAAGAAGUCAAAGAAGAGUGGCAAGAAGUCCAGGAAGCGCCGACGCUCCAGAGACGGCACGCCGGAGGAGAAGAAUGGCAACAGUCCGUCCGCCGUCACGGCGAACGUCUCGCGGAUUGUGGAGUACUCGGAUGUGAGCUCUGAGGAUUUCUCGGCGCCGGAGGCGGGCGAGAUCCAGUCGGAGUCCGAGGGCGAGGCGUUCGGUUAUGGCCAGGCGAACAGCAAGCCCUUCCUCUCGUACAAGCGCGAGGUGGUGCUGAAGCCGGCGCUGUCGCACCUCCCGGAGACGACGCGGCGCGUGAUCAUCGGCUCGCCGAUCGGCUCCUCGUCCACGUCGUCCAUAUCGCGUCCGUCGAAGCGCUCGCCGGAAGCCUUCGGCAAGAUCCAGUGCGUCGUGUCGUCACCGACGCUGGCGGCGGAGUUCGAGGACGACGAGCGGCCGCGGAAGCGCUCGAAGAAGGACAAGAAGCACAAGAAGUCGAAGAAGGUGAAGAAGAGGAAAAAGCACGCGCGCCACAAAUCCGUGAGCAGCGUGGAGAGCAUCUCGGAGAAUGACUCGGUGCUGGACGUGGACAGCCUCACGCCGCCGCCGAGGGUGGCCGAGGAGGAGCCGCCGGCCAAGACGCCGCCGGUGGUGCGCGAGGCCAGCCCCAUUUCGCCCUCCACGCCGCCACUGCGCCCGGACAGCCGGCAGAGCGGCCACGCGGAGCGGAAGCGCGCAGAGACGCUCGCGGCUUCGCCGCACACGCCGCCGCUCAACACGCGGAAGUAUCACAGCCCGGACGCCGAGGCGCCGCCCGCCAAUCACCAUCACAGCCACAAGAAGGCGGAGAGCAGCGAGGGCGCCAAGUCUCCGAAUGAUCAUCAUCACAGUCACUCGAUGUACUCGUCGCCGUCGUCUCGGCGCUCCAGACACUCGGCGGUGCCGCGCGAGAGAUCCAGUGAUCGUGGUGAGUACAAGAGUCGCACGUCGUCGUCGGCGAGGAAGGAGAGAGAUUGGGACAGGCGGCGAGACUCGCGCCGGCGGACGCCACGGCGAUCGCCCAGGCGGUCUCCGCGGCGCUCUCCACGGCGCUCGCCGCGUCGUUCCGGCAGCUUGUCGCCCGCUCACCGGCGCAGAUCGUCGUCGCGUGCGCGCAAGCGGCCGUACAGUCCGCCUGGGUCGCCGCCGCUGAAGACGUCGCGGCUGCACUCGAAGAGCCGCAGUCCGCGGAUGAUGUUCAGGGGCGGCUCGCCGCGCAAGUCCAAGGCGGCGAGUCCGAUGCGCGAGGGCUCGAAGACGCCGCCGAUCAGGAAGAUCGAUCUGAAGGAGAAGAUCAGCGACACGAGUUUGUUUGCCGAGCUGGUGAAGGACAAGCACAAGCGCGAGAAGGCGCUGCAGGAGAUUCUGGAGAGGAAGGAGGACGACGCGGCGCUGCAGGGCGACGAGGCGGCCGCCGAGGUGACGUCAAAUGGCAUCAGGGACAGCGGCAACAAUAAUCAAACUAUAGACAUGGACAUUGUGGACAUUCCAAUUCCAACGACACAGAUGACUUCCAACCUGAUUGAGAUUCCGCUGGUGGGACAGACAAAUCCGCUGCCCGCCCAGGAUGCGAGCCGUGUGAACAAUGUGCUGAUGUCAGUGGAGAAUAGUGACACGAAGGCGCGCACUUAUGCGCCAAAGUCGAAGAGUCUCACGAAGCUGCCAAUGCCGCCGGGUAUGAAUGUGUCGGAGUUGGCGGACACGAAGACGCCGAGUCCGCCGCGCAACGUGACGCCGCCGCCCCUGCCGCCGCUGCCGCCCAAGGCGCUGCUGAAGGCGACCAAGGCGGCCGCCAGUGUGACGACGUCGUCGGCGAAGAAGGGCGUUCUCACGCUCCCAAUGCCGCCGAUCGUGGUCGGCGGUGAUGAUUUCAGCGGCGACGACGACCAGACGCCGCCCAGGAGUCGUCUGGGGCGCCUGGACAAGAAGGUGCUGGCCAUGGUGAAGCGGAAGCGUCCCAAGAUUCUGCACAGAAGAGCGUCGCGCACCAACACGAGCGGCCGCGACUGGGGCGAGCGAAGUGUGGACGUGUUUGAAGUCAUUGCGCAAAUUGGCGAGGGGACUUACGGACAGGUGUACAAGGCACGUGAUAAUCACAACAAUGAGCUGGUGGCGUUGAAGAAAGUGCGCUUGGAGAAUGAGAAGGAGGGCUUUCCCAUCACGGCGGUGCGCGAGAUUAAGAUUCUGCGGCAGCUCAAUCACAAGAACAUUGUGAAUUUGCGCGAAGUGGUGACUGACAAGCAGGAUGCCUUAGAGUUUAGGAAGGACAAGGGAUCAUUCUAUUUAGUAUUUGAGUACAUGGAUCACGACCUGAUGGGACUCCUGGAGUCUGGCAUGGUGGAGUUCACGGAGGAGAACAAUGCGAGUAUUAUGCGUCAAUUGCUGGACGGAUUGAAUUAUUGCCACAAGAAGAACUUCCUUCAUCGUGACAUCAAGUGUUCCAAUAUUCUCAUGAAUAACAAAGGUGAAGUGAAGCUGGCUGACUUUGGCCUGGCGCGCCUGUACAAUGCCGAGGACCGCCAGCGUCCGUACACGAACAAGGUCAUCACGCUGUGGUAUCGACCGCCGGAGCUGUUGCUGGGCGAGGAGCGCUACGGGCCGUCGAUAGACGUGUGGAGCUGCGGCUGCAUUCUGGGCGAGUUGUUCCUCAAGAAGCCCCUGUUCCAGGCCAACGUGGAGGCGCUGCAGCUGGACCUGAUAUCACGCCUGUGCGGCACACCGACGCCCGCCGUGUGGCCGACCAUCAUCAAUUUGCCGCUCUUUCACACGCUCAAACCAAAGAAGCAGCACAGGCGGCGGCUGCGCGAGGAGUUCAUCUUCAUGCCCGGCACGGCGCUGGAUCUGCUCGACAGGAUGCUGGAGUUGGAUCCGGACAGGCGAAUCACGGCCGAGGAUGCGCUCAAGUCGGCGUGGCUGAAGAACUGCAAUCCUGAACAAAUGCCAAUACCGCAAUUGCCCACCUGGCAGGACUGUCACGAGUUGUGGAGCAAGAAGAGGAGGAAACAACUGCGCGAGCAGCAAUGAGAUCACAUCUGAGCGUCGCAAGGAUUCUUUUCCCUGUUGUUGUUGUUGUUCGUUUCCGUGAUAAGUGCACACAUGCUCUGAUGAUGAGGUGAGAAGGAUGUGCGAUGAUAGAGAAAGUGGCGCGCGAAGGACACACGGGCAAGAGAGUGUGUGUUUCUUUUGAAGAAAUUAAUUUAUGAAUUGUUCGUGAGUGAAGCGCAGGCAAAAAGGCGAAAAUUGUGGCUAAAAAGACAGUUGUUGUGCUGAUGAUGGAAUCACAGAAAGUGCAUGAAUCGACGAGUGAGUGUAGUUGGGAAGUUGGUGGAAAUAGGGAAGAAGAAGAAGGGGUGGCGCUGAGGGUGAGUUUUGGUCGGAGUCAUGUUUUGCGGGGGUUGCGGAAGGUGGAAAACAGCGUGCGUAUGUAAAUUGUGGGCCUUUUGUUAUAUACAUUCAACCAAUAUUACAACAGCGCGCGAGAGACAGAGACACGAUGAGUGGGAAAUUGAGGAGAUAGACAAGGAGGAGUAAUAGAAGGUGUACAUUAAAUGGUAAAUAUAGUUCAUUUUAGGCAUAUUAAUACGUUUUCUGCAUUAUGUUUCUUUUAUAAUCUACUCUGUAAACACACACACACACACAACCACACCAAAAUGUGAAAUGUGUAGAAUAGUUAUGGAUUUUCUUUGAACAAACUUACAAAAGAGAGUGAGAGAGAGAAAAAUAAAAAAAUGUGCGCUUUUUAAGAGAAAUAUUUCAUAUUGAUUUACAUCUCAGUGAAGGAAGAAAAAUAAGCUGAGAAAGGACACAUUUUCACUCAAUAUUCUCAAGUGAGAAAGACAGAGAGAGAGAGAGAGAGAGAGAGAGAGAGAGAGAGAGAUGAACCAAAUUAUUGGAUUUGUUGAAUGUGUUUAGAUAAGAAAACAACUACAAAAAAAAAGAUUUUAAUAUCUUUUGAAACGCAAUUCUGAGAAUGAGAAGAAACGAUGAUGUUAAACGGAUAAAAAAGUGACAUUAAUGUAUGAUGAGGGAGAAAAUCACUAACAGAAUCUAAAAAGUACAGAUAAUUUUAUAUAAAUAAAGAUGAAAAAUUACUAAGAAAAAAAA